UCUCAGAGGUCAGUCCCUCUGCUUAAACAGACAUAGGUAUUGGAUUAGCCGGUUUCUACACACAUUGACAGGAAAACACCUAACGAUGGCCACUCUCUGACAGCCUUGGGACACAAACAGGUAGGGGGAAUCUAUACUGAACAAUCAGAAGAAAGAACGAAGAGUUUCAUCAGAAUGUGUAUAGGACAGUCGUAAACCGGAAAGCAGGAUCACAUAGGCAGGCAGGCCGGUAGUCCCGAUUGUGGCGAUGCCUUCCAUUUGGUUUGUUUCAGGCUGUAUACCAAGAAUUGGUAUCUCAGUCACAUUUUUUUAGGCAAGCAGGCGGGCAGGGAGGAUGAUCCCUUGAUCCCUCCAUUGCGACAGACAGGGAUUGGGAUGAGCAUCAGGUGCCUUUUCCUUUUUGUGUUCCUAUUGACAAAACGGUUGUCAUGGCGUCCCUGGAGGAGGAGUUGACGUGUUCAGUGUGCCGCGACGUCUUCAGCCAGGCCCAGCCCUUGCCGUGCGGCCACAGCUUCUGCCCAGCAUGUGUGCGAGACGCCUGGGGCCACGGGGAGGCGGGGGUCAGGGGUCGCUUCACCUGCGCACAGUGUCAGGAGGAACAGGGAGUUGUGGCGUGUGACUGCUGCCCCCCUGUGGGGGAUGGGGACCAGUCUGGGAACGCUGCGGCGGUGAAGACCUGUCUGCGCUGUGAGGUGUCUCUGUGUGCCGAGCACCUGAAGCCCCACCUGGAGCGGCCCGCCUUCAAGACACACCUGCUAGUGGAACCUCUGGGAGACCUGUCCCACCGCAGGUGUCCUGCCCAUGAGGAGAUGUUCCGCUACUACUGUGCAGACGAGCGGGUGUACGUGUGUGCAGACUGUUUAUUGGAGGGUGGCCACACACAGCACCGGGUUAAAGGACUGAGGAAGGUGGAGGAGGACCUGAAGGUCAUCCUCCAGAGCCUUCUCCAGAAAGCAGAUGAGAAGCUGAAUAAAGGUGAACAGAUCCUCCAAGAGCACCGGAACACUGACCGCACUAUAACAGACUUGUCUGUGGCAGAUGACUCCCAGGUGGAGCGUAUGGGUAUAGCCCUGCAGCUGCAGGUGGAGAGGCUGGUGCUGGCCCUGAGGGAGAGCACCAGGAAAGAGAGGCAGCAGGCUGUGGAUCGCCUCCAGAACAACUGCAGCAGGGUUCGAGAGGACCUGAGCCAGACCCGGGACAUCCACCACUACCUGGGCUCCUUGCUGGAGGAGACAGACCCCUUCCUGCUCAUCUGGGCAUUUCAAUCUGAUGACUCAAGGCUGCUUGCGGACCUGAACUGUCCCUUGUUCACUCCUGACUCCCUCAGCCUGGACAGGAAGUAUAUUAUGGAGGAUAUCGAGAGCAAGUACAGAGAGUUCAUCACCGAGACACUGCGCUGUCUCACCGAACUCAAGAGGGAGCUCUUAACAAGUCCGUUGACUCUGGACACUAACUCUGCCCAUCCUCUCCUGAGCAUUUCGGACGGCCUGCGGUCAGCCAUGCGGGUCAAACAGCGCCUUCCGUGUGCCACUCACCCUGACCGCUUUGACCACUGGGCUCAAGUCCUGACUGUCCAGACCUUCUCCUCAGGAACCCAUUACUGGGAGCUGGAGGCAGAGGGCUUCUGGGACAUUGCGGUGUCCUACCGGAGCAUCGGGCGGAAAGGGAAGGAGGGCACUGCCUUUGGGAAUAACAAGAUGUCUUGGAGCCUGACGCAGCAGCACGACAGGAAGCUGGCUGCCUGGCACAACCGCAGGAAGACCCGCCUUUCCAGCCGGAUGUCAGGCAACCGUGUGGGUGUGGCCCUGGAUUAUGGCAUAGGCACAAUCACAUUCUCGGAGGUGGGGCCUUCCAACACCCUGACCCACUUGCACACCUUCAGCACCUCCUUCAACCAGCCUGUGUGCCUAGGCUUUGGCCUCUACAAGGCUGAGCUCCACAGCAGAAUCUCUAUAGUGAGGGUGUGAGGGAUCAUUCGAGACCAGAGAAUAAAAAUUAUAUUUCUAUAGCUGGGACACCUUCUGGGUAGGCCUCAGGGAUGGAGACUUUGGGAGGUUUCUUUCUGGAACAUCUCCCAGGAUCUCAUGAGGGAUUGGGCUAUGAACAAAAGAGCUUGUGUGAGCAUGAAUAAUUGUAAGACUACAUUCUUACAGCACUCAGGACUUGAAAUACUGAACUAUGACUUUGAAUCAGUAAGGAAUGGAUGUGUAUGUCCUAAUUUUGUCACAGUUUAGGGGAAUUUGAAAGACCCAAGUAACUUGGACCCAAGGCAGAGGGUUUUUUGAUCAAAUACAUCCAAACUACAGGACAAUAUUCUUAAAGAAUUAGAAAAGUACACAUUCAGUUCAUAGUUCUAGAUUAUUGUGGUGUAACAGCUAUGGGGUCCCAUUCCCUUUCACGAGUUUGUUUAGACAAAAAAAAAUUAUGCAUACAAUAAUCAAUAUGCGUUCUAUGUGGCACCAAUGUACCAAGCUAAAUACCAUAAAUUAUGUUAAGAAAAGGUGGAAGGUAUGUGGACUGAACCAUAUUGUAAUAUAGAUUACAAAAUCAUUAGGCAUUAGAAGCUUUCACAAAAGUUAAAUUACACUGAGUGUACAAAACAUCAUGAACACCUUCCUAAUAUUGAGUUUCGCCCCCUCAGAACAGCCUCAAUUUGUCGGGCAUGGACUCUACAAGGUGUCA